CGUCCCCUCCCGUUGCUAGGCGCCGGGGGAAGUCCCGCCCCCUCCCGCUCCGUGUCUGCGAGGGGCGGCCUCAGCCCCGGGCUCGGCAGCGCCGCGGCGGCAAUAAAAUCCAGUCUCUUAGAGUUUCAGCAUAAUGCAAAGAGCAUCGCGACUGAAGAGGGAGCUCUCUCUCUUGACCACAGAGCCUCCUCCGGGCAUCACCUGCUGGCAAAAUGAAAACCAGCUGGAUAACCUACGAGCACAGAUUUUAGGAGCUGCAGACACACCAUAUGAGAAAGGAAUAUUCAACCUGGAAAUAAUUGUUCCUGAAAGGUACCCAUUUGAGCCCCCAAAGAUUUGCUUUCUGACCCCUAUCUAUCAUCCUAACAUUGACUCCGCUGGAAGGAUUUGUCUGGAUGUUCUUAAAUUACCACCAAAGGGUGCAUGGAGACCUUCCUUGAACAUCUCCACACUGCUGACCUCCAUACAGCUGCUGAUGGCAGAGCCCAACCCCGAUGACCCUCUCAUGGCAGACAUAUCCUCGGAGUACAAGUACAACAAGCAGCUGUUCUUGCUAAAUGCCAAAGAGUGGACCGAGAAAUAUGCAAGCCAGCAAACAAGGGCCUCCAAGCCUUUGGAAGAGAAAGCGAAUCAAAGCGAAACAAGUUUCGCCAAUGAAGCCACUGUGCGGAAAAGAAAAGGGAGCAGUAUCAGCAAGAAGGAGAAGAAAUCUUGCCUGGAUUCCUGAGCAGUUUUUGUUCAGGUGUAGCUGCAGCAGGCUUUGGUUUUCCCUUUCCUAGGGCUUUUUUGUGAAAAGUUCUAUUAUGUAAAUAAAAUAUAAAGCUUUAAUUCAUA